AUGACUACUCCCGUUACACGGGUAAUAGAUUUGCAAAACACUAUUGACUUGAGAGGCCUUGAUGACAGAUGUUUAGAUUCCAAACUUAUUAUGUUCUACAAGACAUACCAUCACCUUGUAGCUUUCUCCCUCCCAGAAUGCUUAGAAGCUCAGAUCAUGUUAACCAGACAUAUAUGUAUGCCCUUAUUCGUUGUCCAGUCCAUGUCAGUUCAGGUUAUUUCAGGUACCGUACUGGUGGCUGGAGACUGGAAUGCUCGUGUGGGCACCAGAUCUGAUUUUGUUGCUUGUGACCGGCAAAUUUCUGACUUAGACUCAGUUGAUUAUCUUCCAGAUGUACCAUUAUUACGGGCCUCAUAUGAUAAGGUGUGUAAUGGAAGGGGAGUUAAAUUGUUAGAUUUAUGUAAAACUACCUCAAUGCGAUUAGCUAACGGUCGGCUACACAAUGAUUAUAAUAAUGGUUUUUUCACUUACUACAAUAGACAGUGUAGUAGUACAAUAGAUUAUCUAUUAUUGAAUGAACGGUAUUUCAAUAUAAUUGACUCGUUUGAAAUCGGUCAAUUUAACGAAUUCAGUGAUCAUGCACCAAUAUUGUUUACAUUAAAUUGUAAAGCUUACAUGCAAAAUAGUGAUGUGACUAGUGAUGUAGACAAUAUGUAUAAUAUAAAAUGGUCUGAGGAUCACAAAGAUGAAUUUAGGCGUGGCCUAAUAGGGAAUUUAUCAACAUUUAAUAGAAUUGUAUAUGACACUGUUGUACAUGACACUGUGGAUGUAGACAAUUUGAUUUUGAAUUUUUCAAAAGUUAUUUGUGAAGUAGCAGAUCCACUUUUUAAACGUUGUAAUAAUUCUAAACGAAAUCAAUUUUUCAAUAACUCCUGGUUUGAUGCCGACUGUACCACGGCUAAACGCAAAUACAAACAGGCACUGUUUGUUUUUAAUCAAAAUAAAUCACAGGAAGAUAGAAAUAGUUUAUGUAAUGCAAAAAAGGAAUACAAAUGUAUUAUUAAAUUUAAGAAACGAGCACACAAAAUCCAAAAAUCUAAGGAGUUGGCCGAACUAAAGAAAAGUAAACCUAAGGACUUUUGGAAACAUUUCAAAAAGAAAACUUCAGUGUCUGGUGCUGAUAUAAAAGUAAAUGAAUUUCAUGAGUAUUUUUCUAAAAUGUUUGAUGAUAUAAGGACAACUGUAGUCAAUGAAGCAGAAGAUUUUAAUUCUAAAGAUGAUUGUAAUGUAAAUGACCCUAUUUUUGAUGAGUUAAACAUUCCUAUUACCUCUGUUGAAGUAAGAGAUGCUGUAAAACGCCUAAACAGAAAUAAGGCAUCAUGUCCUAGUGAUAAUUUACUGAACGAAUAUUUUAUUGUUUCUAUUGACAUAUUAGUUGGCCAUUUAACAGAUAUGUUUAAUAUAGUUCUAGAUUUGGGACAUUUUCCCGAAUCAUGGUCAUAUGGUUAUAUUGUACCGAUAUACAAAAAAGGAGAUGUCAGAGCUCCAGACAAUUACAGGGGCAUAACCCUACUAAGUAAUUUUGGUAAAUUAUUUACUAGUAUAUUGACGCAUAGAGUGGAGAGAUGGUUUGAUAGGUACAAUAUUUUGUCAGACGCCCAGUUUGGUUUCCGCAAAGGCUAUGCAACGUUAGAUGCAAUCGGCUUUCUCAAACUUCAUUGUCUGCUUAACAACACGAGAUUACACGCAACUGAAAUGAAUUGUAUACGAUGUAUCAUGAAGAAAUUCAUUGGAGAGUGA